ACCGAGCGCUGUAUGACGUACGGAGCUCGUGAGAGUGCAAGUGCUUCCCGCGCGCGUGAUAUAGUGAGAGUGCUCAUUAAUUUAUAUUAUAAAUUAUUUCUUACCGGUGGAAAUAUCUUAUUUUUUUUACACGGGGCCAUCGAUUUGGUUGUUAUUGUUGUUGUUGUGGUUGUUGUUAUUGUUAUAAAUAUAAGUACUGUGCUAUUGAUGUUCAAUUGUUAAAAUGAAGAUCUUCGCGUUGACAAUUGUCAUUUUAGCCCUUAACGGUUAUGUAACGAGAGCCACGUCACUGGACCCUCUCGAAAACGUAGAAAUUGAUGAGACAAAAACCGAUAGAGACGACUCGAGAACCAAGAGGUCUGGAAACAUAUUUUCGUCAUUAUUGAAGAAAAAAUUCGGAUUACUCAGCUCAAUAACCGGCUCGUCAUCGGGUAAAUCCAUUGGUCAUUUGGACAACUUUCCAGAACAUUUUGAAGAACCAUUGUCUUAUCACACAAAAUCAUUCAACUUAUGGGGUGUUAAAAAAGCGAUUAUGUCGUCGGUGUUUCAAGCGGCUAAAGCGAUAACGGGUGGAGUUAUCGCUCUCAAGGGACAAUUGAUCAAGGCUAAAGGGCACGCGGUCGUGGCCAAAGGUAAGCUGAUGCAGACCAAAGGUGAAGCGAUUUCGAACUUUGGCAAAACCAUUGCUACUCACGCGUUUGACGUCCACCAUGAACCACAGCUAGACGUACAUUCCUCCGUGGGCCUAUUCAACCAUCUGCCUGUCACGCCGAACCACCAGCCAACCAGUUACGGAGCUGCUACUGCGUUUGGAUAUCAAGGACAAGCGUACCCGAGCAACGUGUACCAGAGCAACUCGUACCAGAGCAACGCGUACCCCAACAACGCGUACCAGAGCAACGCCUACUCUAGCAACUCGUACCAAGUCGCGGCUCCUAGUUACCAGACAGGGUUUGGGGUGCCACAAACCGGAUUCGAAAGUGGCGUGGGUUACGGCGGAUACGGCGGUAACAGCUUUACGGCAAAAAGAGCUAUAGUGCAGAAUGCACAGGAAUCGACUGCCAAACAAAUGCAAAAUGCAUUCGACAAAGAUUCAGUUCACGCAGGAUUGUUGAUCUUCAAACCGAUCAAAAUGCCUGUGCAGAACGUACCGGCGGCCGGUAAUGUGGUGGCAUCUCAGAGCACGGCCACUUCACAACAGGCGAUCGGCCAACGGCCGUCGCAGCAAUUAGGCGGUGGAUUCAAUCCCCCGAACUUCAAAACGCCGCAGCAAGGUUUUGGAUUUCAAAAACAGUUUCCAGCCGGAUUCCAAGGGGACGUGUUAUCCGAGGAGUACUCGCCGGACUUGAGCCCCGGUUACCAGGUACCGGACUUUGGUUAUCAGGCGCCGAACCUAGGCUACCAGGCGCAGAACCCCGUUUACCAGGCGCCGAACCCCGGUUACCAGGUCCCAAACCUCGGUCACCAGGCGCCGAACCUCGGUUACCCGUCGAACGGCGGAAGCGCCGAACAGACCUCGGGUCACAGUUACGGCGGCGGAGUGCAGAACUUUAACUUCCAGCAGUCAGCCAUCAGCCAAGAGUUGGGCCAACAGCUGGCCGCGAUCUCUGGCCAACAGCUGCAGCAGACGUCCUUUUCGCAGGAAAGUCUCAACGGUGACCAACACGACUUGGCUUCAGGCGUGGACGAGCGGAUGGCUCAGCCGUUGUAUGAACGCGCUAGUCAGGCGAUCAAUCCCAAGCGAGGUGGGUCAGGAUCGACGGGCCCGUCGACUCCUUCAGUCACUUCGGACUUCGACGAUGGCGAAGGCGCAAAAACGAAAAAACGAAGCGCCCCGCUGCCGCCGUCCCAUGGUGACGUAAUCGUGCCGUUGAAGUACCACGACGACUCGACGUCGGAAGACCAAGCCAGAUUGAAGCAAACCGUCCAACGAUUCUUCAGCAUGCUACAGCAGAAACAACGAUGAGAGUAUCUACUUAUGGACUUAAAAAGUAAUCUAUGGAAUCAGAAUAACUGUGAGAAAAACCAUUCACACAAACCAAGCAUAGUCGGGGAUCAUCUACAAACGACUAUGUUUACAUAGCUAGUCACUUUUAUGAUGUAUUAUUUUGUAUGCAUGUGCAACCCAUUGUUUUUAUAUAAUUAUUUUUAUUACUUUAUCAUAUUCGUAUACGUCUGUGUUAAAACUUAAAACAUAUAAGUUGCUCAAAUUUCAAUAAGAAAGAACAUAUUUUAUUAAAAAAGGUUUGUUAAGAAGUAUUUAAAAUUAUCAUAGCAGUUAUUUAUUAAUUAUAAUUUGUGUUUUGUUAUUCACGUUUUGAUGCCAACAAAAGCAAAAAUGAUUUAUAAACACAUUAAUAUUUAUUGUAGUAGGUACUUACUGUAAAUUAUUAAUUGUGUAUUAGUAUAUUAUAUGGUUUAGUAAUCAUUUUAUACGUUAGAUAUAGUUAGUACUAAAUUAUGGGUUUAGUAUUUUAGUAAUUAAUUAUACAUAACACGAUAUAGUUUAGAAGAUAUAGUGUAAAUAUGAAUGUUGUCACAAAUGAAUACAAAUAUAAAACUAUUAGCUGUAAACCGAUUAAAAUUAUUGUAUAAAGUAACAUAUAAUAUAUUAUAUCCCCAUAAUUUUAAAUU